AAAAGUUCGCUUGUAUUUAUUUGGAUUUGGGCGGAAACCUGCUGCAUUUAUUUGGACCCACCGACCCACCGCUUGUAAUUCAUUUACUCCGCCGCCGCGUUCUACACACAAUUCACCGGAAAUCGAAAAGUUGAAAUGCUUCGUCCGAAACUAGCCUCCCGCAAGCCGCCACCUCCACGGCGUUUCUGCACCGACGGCAGCGUUUCGGAUCCCCAUUCCGACAUUCUUAGUAGAGAUUCGAUGAAAAUUAGAAGUCGGGCUUAUUAUUCCCGGAGGGGUAAAAAGGGGAUGCCAACAAACAUAGAGUCCCUCCCCAAAGAGCUAUUGUUCGAAAUCCUCCUCCGUUUGCCGGCUGAUCAUCUCUACGAGAGAGCGAGGCUCGUGUGCCGGUGGUGGUGCCACAUUAUCCAUUCUCAUGCCUUCAUCAACGCGCAGAUGCACGGUGCUACCUAUGGACUCCUAUCACCCCUAGAUGAUAAUACUCUGCCACUUUAUGUAACAGCCACCGCAGACGGGGGAAUCCACACAUCUGAGCUAACUUACCUCUCCGAAAUGGAAGUUCUUGCUACCUGCAAUGGUUUGGUGCUGGGGUUGGAAGACGAAGGUCACCACUUCCGUCGUCUUGUGAUUGUGAAUCCUGCAACGAAGCAGUCAUUCCACCUCCCACCAUUGCCUACAGGCGUAGCCUAUGACCUCCAGUAUGGUUUUGCAUACUCUGCAGCUUCCUUGGCGUAUAAAGUGAUUCGACAAGCUUCUGUUCGCCACUAUGAACCACACGCACAAGAGGAUUACGGUCUCGACGUGCUCACUGUUGGAGUUGAUGAAUCCUGGAGGCAAGUCGAGGUUCACCACCUUCCCGACCAUGUCAGGCGACGUCUCCUUGCCAAGACUCCGUUGACUAGUGAAGGUUUCUUGCACUGGGGAUGGGGGAAGUGCUGCGCGACGAUGGAUGUGGAGACGGAGAUCAUUACGCUGAGUGAAGCCCCUUAUCAGUACAAAGAACGCGACUAUUAUUAUCUGUCGACUGGGUGGUGUGUGUCGCUCCUGGUUGCGUGUGGGGAUCUGUCGUGGGAGGUUUGGGAGAUGAAGGCAGGGACGGGCGAGUGGAGGAAGGCGCUGCCCAACGUCGAUUUGAGAGCUGAGAAAUGCAGGAUUCAACAGUUAGCUCCUGAAGAUGAUGCAGUUCUUGAGCCACUUGGUUGGGUUAAAUAUCCACAUGUUUUGGCCUUCUAUUUUGACGAAUAUUAUUAUUCGAGACAAUGGGAGCAUUGCAUUUUCUACAAUCUUGAAACGCAUCAACUCCACUCCAUAGAGCUACCACGACCAUAUGUUAUAGCUAGCUGUUUUAUGGCUUUUUCGCAUAAGAAUACUCUGAUAUGGCUCUGUUAAAAGAGUAUUAUUGUUAGUGUUAUUGUUUAUAUUUGGUUUAAGUUAAAAGAAUUUAUAUAUCAUGCAAAAACAUUAUCAUUUA